CGACAUUUCCCCGAUGCCCCUCGUUCAUGACCCUCACGCUCUCGCUGCGACGCCUUCCUUGACGCAUGCUGUGAAUCCCUGCUUGCUUGGUUCUCCCACAAACUAUACUUAAAGGAUCCUCGGACGGGGCCAUCGCAGAUAGCAAUACGGCCAACUUCAUCCUUCCCUCGCAAGCUGCAGUCGAUCUAGCCAUGUCGAACGCGAUGGAACUCGAGCAAAUGACGCGCCCUACGGCGCGCCAGAACUAUACCGGAUCUACGAAGGGCUCUGUUGAGGGAGGGGACACGGAGGUUGGACCAGCGACCGGCGCGUCGAGCACCGUCGAAGGCGGCCAAGGAACGCCGCCCGCUGAACGAACACGCAAGAUGGUCAUGACAGAUCACCUUCAAUUCUUCGCUGCCUGCUGGUCUAUGGUUCUCGCGGGAUGGAACGACGGGACGACGGGUCCCCUGCUCCCUCGGAUUCAGCAGGUGUACCAUGUCAACUAUGCCGUUGUGUCCUUGCUGUUCGUGUGCGCGUGCAUAGGCUUCAUAUCGGGCGCCCUCAUCAACGUCCCCUUGUCGGAGCGGCUUGGCUUUGGCAAGCUCAUGGCGCUCGGCUCCGCCCUUCAAACCAUAGCAUACGCGAUCGACUCCCCCGCUCCUCCCUUCCCCGUCCUCUGCGUAGCCUAUGCCAUCAACGGAGUCGGCAUGGCUAUCCAGGAUGCGCAAGCCAACGGCUACGUAGCAUCGCUGAAGGACAACUCGGAGGCCAAGAUGGGCUUCCUACACGCAGCGUAUGGCCUCGGUGCACUCGCCGCUCCGCUCGUCUCGACGCAAUUUUCACAAAAGAAGCACUGGUCCUUCCACUACCUUACAUCCAUGGGCGUCGGACUUUCCAGCGUUAUCAUCCAAAUUGCAGUCUUCCGCUUUAGGACGCAUGAUGAAUGCCUCCUCCGCAUCGGCCUGCCCGUCCAAGAGAAGGGCUCCAGCACUGAAAGCAAUUUCAAGCAGAUCUUCCGGCUCAAGAACAUGCACAUCCUCGCCGUCUUCAUCCUGGUGUACGUCGGCGUGGAGGUCACCAUCGGCGGCUGGAUUGUGUCGUACGUGAUCGACGAGCGCGGGGGUGGCCCGGAUUCGGGGUAUAUCUCGUCGGGGUUCUUUGCGGGUCUGAUGCUGGGCCGGUUGGUGCUGCUGUGGGUGAAUGCAAAGAUCGGCGAAUGGCUCGCGCUCUUCAUAUACGCGCUCCUCGCCAUCGGCCUCGAACUCGUCGUCUGGCUAGUCCCCUCUCUCAUUGGCGGCGGCGUCGCCGUCUCCCUCGUCGGCCUCCUCCUUGGACCCUUCUACCCCAUUGCCAUGAACCAGGCCGCGCGCAUCCUGCCUGCGUGGCUUCUGACGCCGAGCAUCGGCUGGAUUGCGGGCUUCGGGCAGGCGGGGAGCGCGGUGCUGCCGUUUAUAACGGGUGCGCUGGCGCAGAGUACAGGGAUUGGGAGCUUGCAGCCGUUCCUGGUGUCGAUGAUGGGCUUCAUGAUGGUUUUAUGGGCGAUGGUGCCGAGGAAGGCGACGCAUAUGGACUAGGAAGAUGAAUACACGGG